AAAGGCAAAAACAGGCAAAAAAAAAAUCAGACGCUAACAGACAAAAAAAAAGACUUGCUUUCGGCUUCCCCCCACCAGGCUCGUCUUCCGUUUGCCGUCGUCGUUUUACUUUCCGUGUCGAUGGCCUUGUUAACGACGUUGAACGAGUAGUGCUUGUUCGAGCUACCGUCCGUCCAUUUCGCUACUUGAGCGUCCCUCCUAGCCCUUCCAAUUGAGCGUCUCGCCCUAUGGGACGUUGACCUUGCGCGCGACUAGAAUCAAAAUAUCACGGGAAUCAUCUUCGCAACUCGGUCCUUUUCUAUUGCCACCGUUCAAGUAAUUUCACUAUGGAGGUCAAAAACAUUGUCCUCCUCGCCCUCUACGCCAUCUCCGCCCUCGCUGCCUUUGAACUCAUCCUCAUAUAUACACGUGUCAAAAAGAACAUUACUCUACGAGUCUUUGCAGGACUUUACAUCGUGUUUGCGCUGGUAAUCUUCAUUGGGAUGGGCAUUACAAAAGGGGAAAUCAAGGAUUUGGAUCCCGAAGUGUGUAGAGUGCAGGCACUCGUACUGUUGUACCUGUUGAGUAUGCUUUAUGUCCUCAAUUUUUUUCUCACCUUCAACGUGUGGAGUGCGGUAUGCACGAGCAAAUUUCGAGACCAGGAACGCCGACGGUUCGGCUGGUUCCUUCUUUCGUCGUUGGUUUUGUCAUUGAUACCCACCAUUGUGGUCGGUAUCAUGAACAGUCAAAAACCAAAAGGAAUUGGCUUUGGUCCACAUGCUGUAUACUGCACAUAUCAAUUUCCCAUCAAUGGCUACGCGUACGGCCCACUACCCUUCAAUUCCCUGUUCGUCGUAGCGACCUUGUUCAUGAUCGUUCAUGCAGGUGUCCAGCUCCUGAUUUACCGACAACGUAUUGACACCGACGCCGAACGAGCGACAUCAUCCCAGAGCAAGGGAUUUUCGAACAGUAACAACAGUAGCGCAACGACCCGGAUAUCACUGGGAAUGUGUUACCGAUUCGGAAUGUGGGGGAUAGUCUUUUUGACCAUCAUGGUGUGCGCCAACUUUAGGCAGAUCCGCGCUGUCAUUCGACAAGAAUAUUCAGAGAGUGACAAGGAAGCUGGCGUUAGAGAAUACGCUGGGGCGAUUGUCGGAAUCUGUUCUUGGCUCGUAUUUGGAACCGGCCGAGCAGCUUGGACAGCGAGUACGCCCUACGUAAUCUACAGCCGGUUGCGAAGCAAAAGCGACACGCGAACCGUUGAUGAUGGGUAUGACCUCCGAGGAUACUAUGAAGGAACUUUGUCGCGCCAAAGCUCGCCCGUUCCCGUAAGCUACGGAAAAAAUGGAUAUGCGACAAGCUAUGGUGCAACGACAGCAAAUGUCGGUGGAUCUGCCAAUUAUGGAAAUCCAUAUAGCGGGAGUCAAGGCCCGUAUAGUGGUUAUAGUUGAGUUGCCAUGUGUUUUUUUCUUGUUUUGGGGGUCCUUCUAUGGUAGCUCGUUAUAUAGCAUACAAUUUUCUAGAUAGAUUUUCUGGCAUUUUUCUUUUUCUCCAAGAAGGAGUUUCCUUUAGAUGAGAUGUAAUUUGAGACUGACGCUACUUUGGAAUAACGUCUGCCCUGCAUUCUAUGCAAUAUUACCCAAUAUCCAGAGUCAUUCUGGACGUGAGGCCAGCGGAGCUCACAAUAAGGACAACCGAGGCGCCCACAUCUUU